AUGAACGCACAGCUGUCGAUGGAGAAUAUUGGCGACCUGCACGGAGUGAGCCAUGAGACCGUGUCCGCUCACGGGGACCUACUGAGCGGCCACAGUCCACAUUCCCGUCCAGGGCCCCGGGGUCUAAGCCACCGCGCUAUGGGCAUGGCGACCCUGCUGGACAGCGGAGACUAUCACCACGGACACCAUGGACACCUGCACCCAGCCAUCAGCAUGUGUGAAGCCCCCCCUGGCAUGAGUGCGAGCAGCACUUACACCACCCUCACCCCCCUACAGCCCUUACCCCCCAUCUCCACAGUGUCCGACAAGUUUCCUCCCCAUCACCACCACCACCACCAUCCGCAUCAUCCUCACCAUCACCCGCACCAAAGAAUCCCCGGAAAUGUCAGCGGCAGCUUCACGUUAAUGCGCGAGGACCGGAGUCUGGCGCCCAUGAACAGUCUGUACCCCGCAUAUCAUCACAAGGAUCCCUGCAUGGGCCAGAGCCUCUCCCCGCUGUCCGGCUCAGGUCUGGCCAGCAUACACACGACCCAGGCUGGCAUCCCUCCCUACGCUCACCCCGGUGCCGCCAUGCCAGGUGAAAAGAUGCUCACCCCCAGCGGGUUUGAGGCUCACCACCCGGCCAUGCUCGGCAGACACACGGAGCAGCACAUGAGCUCCUCGGCGGGCAUGGUACAAAUCAAUGGCCUCCACCACCACCCGCACGCCCACCUCGGUGCGCAGGGGCACGGCCAGGGGCUGGGGGGCAGCCGGGAGCAGGCCUCCGGGCCCGGGCAGCAAGGGGGCGGUGGCGGUGGAGGGGGUGGUGUUUCUGGGGGCCAGAUGGAGGAGGUGAAUACCAAAGAGGUGGCGCAGAGAAUCACCACGGAGCUGAAGCGCUACAGCAUCCCUCAGGCCAUCUUUGCCCAGCGGGUCCUGUGCAGAUCCCAAGGGACCCUGUCCGACCUGCUGAGGAACCCUAAACCCUGGUCCAAGCUCAAGUCCGGCAGAGAGACCUUCCGCCGCAUGUGGAAGUGGCUGCAGGAGCCUGAGUUCCAGCGCAUGAGUGCGCUCAGGCUCGCAGGUGAGCGAAGCCUCGCAUGCAAACGUAAGGAACAGGACCACGGCAGGAACGAUCGGGGGAACAUGACCAAAAAACCACGGCUGGUGUUCACAGAUGUGCAGCGACGGACGCUCCAUGCCAUCUUCAAAGAAAACAAGCGUCCAUCCAAAGAGCUGCAGGUCACCAUCGCCCAGCAGCUGGGCCUUGAGCUGACCACAGUCAGCAACUUCUUUAUGAACGCACGCCGCCGGAGCCUGGAUAAGUGGGUGGACGAUGGCUCCGGUCACUCCAUCAACUCUGGCCCCAACUCCUGCACCAAAGCCUGAAGACGGACUGAUCUGACCAACUCAUGGACUGACUCAACCUCGGUGGAAAAGCUUUAAAACUUUAGAGAAACAAAGAGAAACUUAAAGAGA